UCCACGUGAAAAAGCGCAGACAUGGCGCUGGCGAAGCGGGACCCAGAGAUCUUCCUGGCACAAAGGUUGGCUUCGAACGAAACGUCCAUUAGGAUUAGGGCUUUAAAGACGCUGAGGAAAUACAUCAGCCUCCGGUCUCAGAAAAUCGAAGGUGGUUUCACGAGUGAUGACUUGUUGAAAAUAUGGAAAGGACUUUUCUAUUGUUUGUGGAUGCAGGACAAGCCGCUUCUGCAGGAGGAACUCUCUGAUCAAAUAUCUGGACUGAUGAAUAGCUUCUGCACCACAGAGAGCCAGCUGCUGUAUUUUGAAACUUUUCUUCAGACUCUAAAGAGAGAAUGGAAUGGCAUUGACAGACUUCGCAUGGAUAAAUUUUUCCAGCUGGUUCGCUUUGUCUUCAGACAAGCCUUUGGGAUGCUCAAGAGGAAAGAAUGGGAAACCAGUAUGGUAAAUAAUUUUUUAAAGGUUUUCACAACGCACCUCUUGCAGAGCAGAGAAGGCAUUCCAAAUGGGCUUGUGUUACAUAUUCUGGACGUGUAUAUGACUGAAUUGGCUCAUAUUGGUUCUGCAGAGCUGACAGCAGAUCAGAACUUGACCUUCAUUGACCCUUUCUGCAACACCAUGGCUAAAAGCAAAGAUCGCCGACUGGUGACUUCAAUUUCCAAACACAUCUUCUCCAGCAUAGUAGACCAGGCCUCCUUUGCUAUAGAGGACCUGAGGAAGGAGCUGUGUGAAGGAAGAGGAGCAGAUUCCGACUCUGGUCAGGCUUCUGAAGAUGAGGAGGAAACUGUUGAGCAAGAUGAACUCAAGAUAAACUGGAGAGCUAAUGUGGUCAACGGUGUCCCAAAGAAAAGCAACCAAGGCAGUCAAGAUGAAAUUCCUAUUAUGGAGGAUGCACGUCCUGAUGAGGAACCAAACAAUGAAGACCCUGAGCAUGUUCUCCAAUUUGACUAUGGUGCAAUAGCGGAUCGGCUGUUUGAGUUGGGCAGUCGCAAGAAUGCAACAAACUUCAAUCGAACUAGAAUGUACAGCAUGGUGAAGAUAUUUCGUGACUUAAGUGAAGGUGUCUUCCCACAAGAUGAGGAUGAGGACGAGCCAGAUUCUUCAGAAGAUGAGCUGUUUAACCAGAAGAAGGACAAAAAGAAAAGAAGGAAACGAAAGGGAGCUGAAGAAGGAACUUUAGCCAAGAAGCACAAAGAGAGUUUUGCUGCCAAGUUGGCUGUACUCCCACAAAAAAGUGAAUAUUAAACAUCAUCUUGAGCAGUUUUCUGGUAGGAUCAGCUCCAUCACAGAAUCAGGAUUUUCCCUGCCAAUUUAAGAUGGGUUUCCCAAGGGUUUCUUUAAUCUGCCGACAUAAACCAUUUUGAAUUUGUAUAAUCUACUUUACUUGCAGCAGGGCAAUUUUCUUAGUACAUUUAUACAUAGCUAGUGGUUACAAAGAACUUCUCAUUGGUGGAGGUUUCCAGCUUAGUGCGAUCAGAUCCAGAGUCUACAGCAUAAUCUGCCCGAUUAUGUAGUUUCCUUUCCUAUUUUAGUGGGGAUCAAACCAAGAUACAGCUCUAAAGCACAACUGUGCAGUACAUUGUAAAAUUACACUUCUUGUUGAUGAACUCUACAGGGGACCCAGUCUUAGAUAAGCAAAAAGUGAGCAACUUUUAAAACAUGUUAAGAGAGAAUACAUGGUAUAAUUUUGUGCUGUCAAAUACCCUAUUUGCCAAAAGCUCCUGAUAACCAUAUAGGUUCAUUCAUCUUUCUGGACCAAUCUGCACAAGAUUUAAUAUUUACUAUCUACAGUCACACAACUGAAGUCCUCUUCAACAGGACUAAAACAGGAUUUGGGCUUACCCUAGGGGAUAUUGUUCUUAAAAAGGUUCACUCCAUUUGUACUUGCCACUCUCUACUUCAAAUUAAAAAAAAUAGUAUACAAAUUUCAUGUAUUCAAAGCAAAUUUAUCUAAAAUGGAGCCCUGCGACAAACGCAAAGGCCACAUGGAUACACGUUUUUGUUAUAUUCCAGUCUAGAGCAGUUCUGUGGAAAAUGUACUCCAAAUCAUGAGCUUCUGUCCUUAAUACUGGCUUAAAAAGUUUAAAUCCAUAAUGGAGUAAAUCAAUUGAAGUUAAAUAUUCAACAAUAUGGCCCCAGUUAACAGCCCCAAAGUGCAUGUAUUUUUUUUCUUAGUUAAUUUUUAUGUAAGCCUUUUCUUUGACACUAUUAUUGGAUGGAGAGGUGCAUGGGCUUUAGAAUGGGGAGUGCAAGAUUAAUUUAGAAUAAUAUGGACCAUCGUUGUCCUCGGAGCUUAUACUGAAGCUAGUGCGCACAUACAAAAAACCCAGACAAAGGUUAAGCAACUAAUACCAGAGUCAACCAAUGCUAUAAAUAUUUGUACAUCAUCCCAAGGUCUCUUACACAUUUACGUAAAGCAUUUUUUAAAACUGUGCCAAAGUAUCAUGCAGAGAUCAAGAAUAGCAAUAUCUUCAAGGAAUUGAAUUUAGCUAGCAAGAGUGUAAAUUUCUCCUUACCAGUGUAGGCCUCUUAAAACUCUAUAGAAAAGUGUUACGUUUGAAAGUCUGAAAUGGUGUGUACCUUGAUGCUGGACAGUGGUGCGCUCCAGCCUUUUGGUUUAGUUUUACAGAAGAGUGGAUUGGGGGGAGUCAUUUUGCCCUCAAAGGAGAUAAAGUUAGCUUCUUGUAAGCCUUUCUUCAUCUUCAGUUUCUUUUUGGGUAUUACAGUAGUGGACCACUCAACAUCCUCAUGCUCUUUGGUUAUGCAGUUGUCCUUUGUAGGCUGAACUCCCAUAUUCAGCUCUCCUGUCAGACACACUGCCAACUGCACCUUUCGUUUCUGGGUUUUCUUCUUUUGAAGUGGCGUGGGAGUACUGGAAGACCGUUUGACUGCAUUAGUCUGUGCUGCACACAAUGCAUCUACAGACUGCUCCAUGUCUACUCCGAAUUCUUGCUCUUGUGAUGAAAUGCAUUUCUUUUUCUUUUGUUUCUUCGUUGAUCUGAGUUUAGAGUGUUUAACAGCAUCUGCAUUUAAUGCUUCUAUGCAAUUAAUCUUGGUGUCUGUGCAGUCAGAUGACAUGUCCACAUCUCCACAACUUGCGGUUUCUCUAGAUUUACCUUUUGAUUUCAGUUUCUUGCUUUUCUUGUUCAUCAACAAGGGAGCAGUAGUAUUUGAUGACUGACAUCCUGUUGUAAUCACCACAGCAGCUGGUGGGUGUGGGGAAACGUAUUCUGCUUGAACAUCUGCACAAGUCUUCUCUAGUAAAGAAUUAACGAUCUUUGCAUCAGCUCUCAUUUUCAUAAUCAUCUUUUUCUUGUGCUUUGUUUUUUUCCUCAGCACGCAGGUAGCACUGUUGGUCUGAUCUUCUGAUGGGCACAUUUGUAGAGGCAAUGCUCUACUCGGAUCUGCCGGCCUUUUAUUUGUGCAUCUCUUCAGUGGCACUUCAGCUUCUCUGCUCAUUUUAACAUCCACCCCUUUUGUGCUCUCUUCACCUGCUAGCACACUUUUCUUUUUCUUAUUCUUCAGAGGAGUAUGAUCACUGAACUCCUCCAGAUGCUGGCUGUUUUCAAGGAUGUCAGAGGCACACUCCGAGAUUUGCUUUCCAGCCCUUUUUUUGGGGGGCUUUUUUCCGUUGCUAGAUAGAGUUGUGGUUUGCUCCUUUCCGCCUUUGUCCUCUGCUACUGUCUUUGGAAUUGGGUGCCUUUUAACCCCUUCAUCAACAAGAAUAAGUUCUUUAUUCAUGUCUUUUGAAAUUAACAGAGAUUGAGGUGCUGCUUCUUCCCCAACAUCCGGUAUAUCCGACUUCAGCUUUUUGCCUUUCCUUUUUUUGUCUUUGCUGUUUGCCUUCACUUGCCUUUGUAACCCUAGUUCAUCAUCCUGGGCUUGUGAUUCGCCAUCAUCUGCUGAAGUGCUUGAUGCAUUAAUUUGGUUUGCUUCGCUUGGCUUCUCACCAACUACACAAGCUGCUAGAUGGAAAUGAAGAGAAAAGACUUUUUUAAAGCCACUGUUGACCAGUCGCACAUUUCCAGAAAGUUUCUUAAUUCACUGAACAGUAAAAAGGACGAAGUGUCACAAUAUAAUCUAUUAACAACUGCACUUUUAGUUAGUUAUCAAAACUAUCAUUUAAGAUUCUGUGGUUCCCCAGUUCACUCAAACCUGUAGAAAUUAUCUACAGUCGUGGCCAAAAGCUGAGACUAACACAAAUUUUGGUUUUCACAAAGUUUGCUGCUUCAGUUUUUAUGGUGUCAAUUUGUAUUAACUCUAGAUUGUGAUGUGAUGCACUGCAGCCACUGAAUUUCAGCCCUGCCACAAAAUGGCCUGCUAACAUUUUAGUGAUCUCAUUAACUCAGGAGAAAGAGCACAAGGCAGAUGAUAUCACCAUCAUGCUGAUUAGAAGAGCAGACUGGUUGAUGUUUUCAUCCAUUAACCAUGGUUACCUCCAAGGAAACACACAGUCAUCAUUGCACUGUAUAAAAAGGGCUUCACAGGGAAGCACAUUGCUGCUUGUAAGAGAGCACCUAACUCAACCAUUUAUCGAAUCAAGAACUUCAAGGAAAGAGGUUCAAUUGCAGUGAAGGCAGUUUGUGGGCACCCAAGAAAGUCAAGCAAGCGCCAGGACCGUCUCUCAAAGAGGAUUCAGCUACAGGAUCGGGUCACCACCAGUGCAGAGCAAAGGCAUGAAAUGCUUGUAAUUGCACUUCACUAUACCAUAUCAAACAUCUGACGCAAGCAAGCCAGCAAGCCCGACCGACCGACCGACAGACAGACAGACACAUACAUGCUUUGUAGGUAUAAACAGUAGUGGAUAAAGAUAAAAACCUUUUUUGUGGUUUUAUCAACAUUUUCCAGUGCUAAAUUACAAUACACUGUGCAAUAUUCACUGGAACAAUGUCAAUAGUUUCUAUAUACAAUGUCCAGUAUUUUAUUAUUGUGUGCAAUAUAUGUAUAUUCUUGUACUAUAAAUAUAUAUAUAAAAGAUA